CCCCUGCAUGCCCGGCGCCCGGGUCGCGGCCCACCUGGACGCUCUGGGCCCCCUGGUCCCCUACGUCCCGCCGCUGCUGCUGCCCUCUAUGUUCUACGUGGGGCUGUUCUUCGUCAACGUGCUGAUCCUGUACUACGCCUUCCUCAUGGAGUACAUCGUCCUCAACGUGGGCCUGGUCUUCCUGCCCGAGGACAUGGACCAGGCGCUGGUGGACCUCGGCGUGCUCUCCGACCCCGGCUCGGGGCUCUACGAGGCCGACUCAGAGCUGGACGUCUUCGACGGUUACCUGGAGUAGGCUGGGCUGCGCCCCCUCAACCUCUCCCACCCCCCACCUGCAACCCUCAACCUGGACCAGCCACCCAAAUCAUGCCGCCGCUGCUGUUGGGGAACACCGUUCCGCCGGGGAUGGGAUCCCCAGGACGAGGCCCUCUCUGGCCUCCGAGGCCUGCCAGCACUCCUCGAAAGCUUCGUGCCAACAGAAAAGUUUCUGUCCGGACCUGAGUGCCGAGGUCAGACAGGCUUCUGCCCCUGCCAGGGAGUCCGAAGACCUCACCUGCCUGCAGCGUCGCCCAAAUGGCCUUGCCUUUGCUCAUGACCUUGGCAGUGGCAAUGGAUGUUUACAGGAACCCAGCCAGAGUUUGCCUCCCUGCUCUGCACCCCCGACCGCACCUGCUUCCUCCACUUCACCUUUGGAGAGGACACUUCAAACCGAGGACACACACGCAGAAGUCACUCCCAGCUCUGUCUACUGCCAGGGGAGCUUAGGCCUGGCCGGGUUUGGCCCAAGGCUGGUCUCAGAUGCCACCCGGUGUGUCAGGGAGUGACUCAGGAGGAAAAGCAGCUGAGGAACGUGCCGGGGGCGAGAGGAGGGUUUUGAUGCCUGCAUUUCAAGCUGCUGCUCUUCAUCAAGUUGCCAGAACUGAUCCAUCACGUUCAGGAAGCACCAAAGUGCUCCCCUGCCAGAAGAACUUUUUGAAAAAUGUGAGUGGUGUGAAUACUUGAUUUCAACAACCUAUAAAAGCAAUACUUAGGAGGCUGACUUCUCUUUCAAUUAAAGCGUAUGCAACUCCAACUGCUGGAGCCUGGCCUUUUUUUUUUUAUUUUGAGGUUCAGUAAAGGUGUGUCUUUAAGCCGAACCCCUUGGUUGACAAAGGCAGAGAGACAGGGCUGCCCCAGCUGGGAUCCAGCGGGGUCUGGAGAGUCUCCCCAAGCUGGGCUGGUGUGUAUGGCCCGGAUUAGCCUCCUCCUAGUGCCUGCUGGCCUGACGAGCCAGGGCCAGCCUUGGGGUGUGGUGGCCAGGCCUGGAGGGCCUGAAUCACGGAGAAGGCAGGGUGUGGUAUCCCCUGUGCUGGGCACGUGGUGGUCCUUCACAACAGGUGAGGGCAAUGAGGGGAGGAACAAAUGAGCAAAAUUGUGUCCACUUGUGGUUUUGUGGGGAAAAAAAAGGCAGUAAAUUCUCUGCAGUUUGCAGUCAUUUGAUGUCUCAAAGCCCCUGCACUCACAGCGAAGACUUGACUCCAGCCUCCAGGCAAGGAGCAGGCGCGGGAAUACACAGGAGGAAGGUCCCGACCACUUGUGUCCCGGUGUUCUAGAAAGGGGGUGCUGAAAAAGGUGAACAGAAGACAUUCAAGAGGCCCAAGGAAAAAAGGUGGGCAUGAGAAGGGAGACAUUGCUGUGGGACAGGUCAGAGGGGAAAUUGCGUGGACUUGAAAUCCAUGAAUGUGACAUCUGGCUGUCAACACACACCGUGACUCGGGGCACCAGGAGCCCGGACUCCUCUGAGCUUCACUUCUGCAAGCAACACCUGGGCUGGGGGCUAUUCCAGCACAUGUCUGCCCCCAGAGAGACCCUUGAAAUAAGUUGAAUUUGCAUCUUGAGAGACCAUUUAAAGGGGUGUGGCCUUGGGCAAGUCACCUCUGAAGUGGGGACAGUAAUUUACCCACUGGCUAGGAUGGCUGUGCUCCUGGCGGUGGUGCCCUCUGGGCUGACAUGGCUGCACUAGGACUCAGCCUGGCAAGCAGGGCCCAGGCUAGAUUGCAGAUUCCUGCCCCCCACCCGCCUUGUUCACGUGUCUUUGUGCAGUGCACACACUGCCCAACCUCCCUGCCAGCCCUGCCAGAGAGGUUGUCACAUUUACUAAAACACAAGGUUGGCCCACACAUCUCAGCAACCACUGUGUACUCCAAACCUAUUUGUGGAAUGAAUAAAGCAAAGUUGUGAGGAUUAUUCAUUCAUGCCACAGGCAUUUAUUGAGCACUUAUGAUGUGCAAGAGAGCACAGCAGUGAACACAGCAGAUAAGUUCCUCGCUCUCCUGGGCACCACUCCCUAGAGCACAGACACACAAAAAGUAAGUGUGAAAAGGAUAAACUGUGACAGGGUUGGAGAGCAGGGGGCAUGUGGGGUGUCUGAGUUUCAUAGGGUGGUCUGGUGGACCUCCCAAGGAGCUGUCAUAAAGGACAGGAAGUUGGCCAUUUGGAUACCUGGGAAGAACAUUCCAGGCAGAGACACAGUCAACAUGACAAGGAAUGCUAAGAUAUUGAGCCCAUGCAGGUACCUCUUCUCGGGGUGUUAUCUCAUUGGCCCUCCACAUAACCCCAUGAAGAGGGCACUGUGAUUUUGCCCAUUUUAUAUCUGGGGAGACUAAGGCACAGAGAAGUAAUUGACACAGUAAGUGGUGAGCUGGUGUGGAACCCGGUGGCCCAGCUCUUGAGUCUGUGCCACUGACCCCAGGGGGUCCCCCUUGGGCAGGAGGGGCUGAGCACCGAGUCCACAGUGACAAUCCUGCAAAUCCUUACGGAGCAUGUCCUAUGUCCGUGCACUCGGGGAGGCACUUCACAGGCGUCAGCUCACUGAUAAGGGGCAACUGUCAUCACAGCCAUCACUAGGAAGAUCAUAGCCUCUCCUGGCAUCUGACCUCAUUUUGUCAUCUCUAUACAGACACAGCAGUGGGUGCCCUUGUGCCAGCCCCACUGGGCUGAUGGCACAGUAGAUGUCUGCUUCAAAGGCUGGCUGACCUGGUGUUCACCCCAUGGGCUCCACAAACACAUAAAUGCAGGACACCCUGAGGACAAUUCCCCAGCCAUUUAAAACCCACAGUCACAGCACCCAACGCCCUCGGCAGCUAGGACAAGGCAGAAGGCACCCCCUUUCUGCAAGGACUGCCAGCAGGCUGCUGGUCUGGACCCCUGACACUCCCCACCCCCAACUCCCAUUUGCUGGAAAGAGGAGAACUUGGGGCUGACAUCGGGGCUGGCUCCCUUGAGCUGCACAG